ACCUCUCUCUCUCUCUCUCGGUGGUCAUUCCUCCUUUCUCUUUCUCUCUCUUCGCCGAGUGGAGUCGUCUCCUCUCUCCAACCUUCCUUUUCGAACCCAUCCCGCAUCUGCGCCGCCACGGCCCAUCCACGCCUCCCUCCCACGAAACCCUAGCGCUCACGCGCAUCCAACCCGGAGCGCCGCGGCUGUGGAAGGAGCGGCAGAGAGCAGCGCGGCGGUGGCCAGGAUGUCCGCGGCGGUGUGCGGGAAGAGGGCGUCCUCCUUCUUCGAGGACCAGCAGCUCCCCCAUGCGGGGUCCCCACCGCCCUCCAAGCGCACCCGCUUCCGCAGCGCCGGAGGCGGAAGCCCCUCGCCGCCCCGGCCGCGCGGCGCCGACCCAGGAUUCGUCGCCGCGAUCCGCGCCAGGUUCCCAGCAGUGAGCCUUGAGUUUAUUGAGAAGGCUCUGGAAGAGUGUGGAAAUGAUUUGGAUGCAGCAACAAAGUACUUGCUUAAUCUGCAUGUAGAAUCUGCCGAAUACAAUGUGGCUCACGUGUAUCAAUCUCCCAUCAGAAUGUCUACAGAGGAUCAAGUGCCCACCAAUGGUAUUUUGGAUGGCAAUGAAGUUGCUGCACCUGUAGAUAGUGUUCCUUGUGCAGAGAGUCUUCCGUCAAGCAGCACUCAAUGGGUUGAGAUUCUUGUGAAUGAGAUGGUGAGUGCCUCUGACACGGUUGAUGCAAAGGCUCGUGCCUCCAGAGUAUUGGAGGUUUUUGAGAGGUCUGUGAUCUCUCAUAUUGGUGCGGAAGCACUUCAAAAUUUCCAGAAGGAAAAUUCGGUUUAUAAGGAACAGUCUGAAGCUGUCAUUAGGGAAAACACUAUUCUGAAGAAAGCAGUUGCAAUACAGCAUGAGCGCCAAAAGGAGUGUGAUGAGAGAAACCAGGAGCUUCAGCAACUGAAGCAGUUGGUUGUUCAGUACCAGGAACAAGUUAGAAGCCUUGAGGUAAAUAACUAUGCGUUAUCCAUGCACCUCAGGCAAGCUCAGCAAGGAAACUCAAUGGCAGGGCACUUCCACCGGGACAUUUUCUGAAUAACUGGAAACCUAAAUCGGAGGUUUCCAAAGUAUCAGGAUAGCAUUCACCCUUUCGAUUAGGGGCAGAUGUUGCUGUUAGCUUUUAUUUAAUAUAUAUAGCCAAGUUAUAACAUAGCUUAAUUUAUGUUGUACACCAGUAUAAAUGUAUGCCCUUUGGUGGUGCGCUGCUGCCCUGCAAUUGGGAGAGCAAGCAGAGGCCAACUUCGGCGGCUUACUGUUGGCAAACAAUAGACAUCGUAUGAGUCAAUUUAGAAGAAAAAAAAAAGAGAAAAUGGCUUGAGUUGUACUCUGAUGAACGCAACAUUUUACUCGGAAAAUUUAGUUGGAGUGACCGGAAA